AUGAAGCCGUCGUCCAUACUCCUGUUCGUUUCCGGGGCACUCGCCCUUAAUCCCCUCCAACCCCUCCGCAUUCCCAACAACACUCUCGUCUCCGAACCCACAACAGACAUCGUAUCCGACCCGCUGGCCAAACGCUGGACCUGCCCAUCGACCUGCUCAACCAAUAUCUGCUGCGACAAUGGGCUCUGCGUCUGGUCCCUCAGCGACGUCUGCUGCGGAAGCUAUUUCUGCAACUCUGGCGAGCACUGCUGCGGGACGGGGUGCAUGCCCCACGGCGCGGAGUGCUGCGGCGUACAGGGGUACUGUCCUUCGGGGGAGCGAUGCAUGACCGUCAAUGGGAAACUGGGCUGCUGUCCGAACGGGGAUUGCGCGCAAGAGAACGCGGUGUAUCAUUACACGCAGACGGAGAAUCACUAUACCACGGCGUAUCAUACCACGACUUAUGCCGGGGUGGAGUACAGUUGGUAUUCGUGGACGGUGACAUGGACGUACUGGGUGACGUUUUACACGUACUAUAUCCCUUCGACGGCUUCGAUUCGCACGUCGACUGUCACGACGACAUCGACGAUUGUUUCGGUGAAAGCUACGGACGGGUCGGACGCUUCGUCCUCGUUUACGCGGCUGUCGGCUACGAUGAGCUUCUAUACGCCUGCUAGUGCGACGAACCCGGUAACCCCGACGAAUGUGGCGACGGCCAGCAGACCGACUUUGACUUCGUCGGGUGAUGAUGGCAGUAGUAACGGCAAUGCAGGCAGCAACGGUGGUAGUGGCGGAAAUGGGGGUGUGGGCAUUUCGGUCAAUGGGGUCAUGGGUGCUGGAGGUGAUCCCAAUGCUGCAAAUGCAAACCGCAGACUUGGAUGGGAGACGGUUUUGUCUCUGUCUAUUGUGCUGGGAACUGGACUUUUGAUGAUAUACCUUUAG